AGGUUGUACCAGUCCUGUUCCAGUUCUUGAGCUUCGUUGAUGGCGGUAAGUAACUGAAGGGGACAUGAAGAAUUGACAUUUAAAUGGCCAGCAUGUUGCAAAAGUCUGACAGCAAUGCAAGCUUCCUCCGAGCUGCCAGAGCUGGCAAUCUGGACAAAGUAGUGGAAUACCUGAAAAGUGGAAUAGACAUUAACACAUGUAAUCAGAAUGGACUCAAUGCUCUGCACCUGGCGGCAAAAGAAGGCCAUGUGGGACUGGUACAAGAAUUAUUGGAAAGAGGGUCGGCUGUGGAUUCUGCCACUAAGAAAGGGAAUACAGCCCUGCACAUUGCAUCCUUAGCAGGACAAGCUGAAGUUGUCAAAGUUCUGGUUAAGGAAGGAGCCAAUAUUAACGCACAGUCUCAGAAUGGCUUUACUCCUUUAUAUAUGGCAGCUCAAGAGAACCACAUUGAGGUGGUGAAAUAUCUCCUGGAGAACGGAGCCAACCAAAGCACAGCUACUGAGGACGGUUUCACUCCCCUAGCUGUUGCACUGCAGCAAGGACACAACCAGGCGGUGGCCAUCCUCCUGGAAAAUGACACCAAGGGGAAAGUGAGAUUACCGGCUCUGCACAUCGCCGCUAGAAAAGACGACACCAAAUCAGCGGCGCUCUUACUGCAGAACGACCAUAAUGCCGAUGUGCAGUCCAAGAUGAUGGUGAAUAGGACGACUGAGAGUGGCUUUACACCUUUGCACAUAGCCGCGCACUAUGGAAAUGUCAAUGUGGCAACGCUUCUGCUAAACCGAGGAGCUGCAGUCGAUUUCACAGCAAGGAAUGGAAUCACCCCACUGCAUGUGGCUUCCAAAAGGGGAAACACAAACAUGGUGAAGCUCUUGUUGGAUCGCGGAGGGCAGAUCGAUGCCAAAACCAGGGAUGGACUCACCCCGCUCCACUGUGCUGCAAGAAGUGGACAUGACCAAGUUGUGGAGCUGCUCCUGGAACGAGGUGCCCCACUGCUUGCACGGACCAAGAAUGGCCUCUCUCCACUUCACAUGGCGGCCCAGGGGGACCACGUGGAAUGCGUCAAACACCUACUGCAGCACAAAGCCCCCGUGGAUGAUGUCACGCUGGAUUACCUGACCGCCCUCCACGUGGCUGCGCACUGCGGCCACUAUCGUGUCACCAAACUCCUUCUGGACAAGAGAGCAAAUCCCAAUGCUCGCGCCCUGAAUGGUUUUACUCCACUGCACAUUGCCUGCAAGAAAAAUCGCAUCAAAGUCAUGGAACUCCUGGUGAAAUAUGGGGCUUCAAUCCAGGCUAUAACAGAGUCGGGCCUCACACCAAUACACGUGGCUGCAUUUAUGGGCCACUUGAACAUAGUCCUCCUUCUGCUGCAGAACGGAGCCUCUCCCGAUGUCACUAACAUUCGUGGAGAAACUGCGUUGCACAUGGCGGCACGUGCUGGGCAGGUGGAAGUAGUUCGCUGCCUCCUGAGAAACGGGGCCCUGGUUGAUGCCCGAGCCAGGGAAGAACAGACUCCACUGCACAUUGCUUCUCGCUUGGGCAAAACGGAGAUCGUCCAACUUCUGCUACAGCACAUGGCCCACCCCGAUGCCGCAACAACUAAUGGGUACACUCCACUGCACAUCUCUGCCAGAGAGGGACAAGUUGAUGUCGCAUCGGUUCUCCUAGAGGCAGGUGCCUCGCACUCCAUGUCCACCAAAAAGGGAUUCACACCUUUGCAUGUGGCGGCCAAAUAUGGGAGCCUGGAAGUGGCAAAACUCCUGCUGCAGCGUCGUGCCUCUCCCGAUUCAGCUGGCAAGGUACUGACGAGAAAGAAAGAAAAAAAAAACGGAUUGGUGCUGAUGUCAGAACGUUCUGCCCCCUGUGAGGCUGCUGUUAAUGGAUACACCCCUCUGCAUAUUGCUGCCAAGAAAAAUCAGAUGCAGAUAGCUACCACUCUAUUGAACUAUGGGGCUGAGACCAACAUUUUGACCAAGCAGGGAGUCACCCCGCUUCAUUUGGCCUCCCGAGAAGGUCACACUGACAUGGUGACCUUGCUUUUGGAGAAAGGAUCCAAUAUCCACGUGGCAACAAAGACUGGACUGACAUCCUUACACCUUGCAGCUCAAGAGGAUAAAGUGAAUGUAGCUGAAAUACUCACAAAACACGGUGCAAACCAAGAUGCUCAGACAAAGCUUGGUUAUACACCUUUAAUUGUGGCGUGUCACUAUGGAAACAUCAAAAUGGUGAAUUUUCUUCUCAAGCAGGGAGCAAAUGUCAAUGCUAAAACUAAGAAUGGGUACACCCCUCUUCACCAAGCUGCUCAACAAGGCCACACUCACAUCAUUAACGUUCUUCUCCAACAUGGGGCCAAGCCCAACGCCACCACCACUAAUGGUAACACUGCCUUAGCUAUUGCAAGGCGUCUGGGAUAUAUCUCAGUGGUCGAUACGCUGAAGGUUGUAACGGAGGAGAUUACCACCACCACAACUACUGUAACAGAGAAGCACAAGCUAAAUGUACCUGAGACAAUGACUGAGGUCCUGGAUGUUUCAGACGAAGAAGGUGAUGACACAAUGACAGGAGAUGGAGGAGAGUACCUUAGGCCAGAAGACCUCAGAGAACUAGGAGAUGACUCUUUACCAAGCAGCCAGUUCUUAGAUGGUAUGAACUACCUCAGGUACAGCUUGGAAGGAGGACGAUCUGACAGCACCAUGCCCAGCCUGCGAUCCUUCAGUUCAGACAGGUCCCACACAUUGAGCCAUGCCUCCUACCUGAGGGACAGUGCCAUGAUUGACGAUACGGUUGUAAUCCCCAGCCAGCAGGUAACAACUCUGGCCAAAGAAGCUGAAAGGAAUUCAUAUCGCUUAAGCUGGGGCCCUGAAACCUUGGACAAUGUGGCUCUUUCUUCCAGCCCUAUUCAUUCAGGAUGCUCUUCUCCAUGUCUUGAUCAUGACAACAGCAGCUUCCUAGUUAGUUUCAUGGUGGAUGCUCGUGGGGGUGCCAUGAGAGGUUGCAGACAUAACGGACUACGAAUCAUUAUUCCUCCGCGGAAAUGCACUGCUCCAACACGAGUGACUUGCCGGUUGGUGAAACGCCACAGACUGGCCACCAUGCCUCCCAUGGUGGAAGGUGAAGGUCUGGCCAGCCGCCUGAUUGAAGUUGGACCUUCUGGUGCUCAGUUUCUUGGGCCUGUGAUUGUGGAGAUUCCCCAUUUUGCUGCUCUGCGUGGGAAAGAGAGAGAGCUGGUGAUCCUGCGCAGUGAGAACGGGGACAGCUGGAAGGAGCAUUUCUGUGAAUACACUGAGGAUGAACUGAAUGAAAUCUUGAAUGGAAUGGAUGAAGUACUUGACACUCCAGAGGAGCUUGAGAAGAAACGUAUCUGCCGCAUCAUCACCCGAGAUUUCCCUCAGUACUUUGCAGUGGUAUCCCGGAUCAAACAGGACAGCAACCUUAUCGGACCUGAGGGAGGUGUGCUGAGCAGCACUGUUGUACCACAAGUGCAGGCAGUCUUCCCAGAGGGGGCUCUGACCAAACGAAUUCGCGUUGGCCUCCAGGCUCAACCUAUGCAUACUGAACUUAUAAAGAAGAUUUUAGGCAACAAGGCUACCUUCAGUCCUAUAGUCACACUGGAGCCCAGGAGAAGGAAGUUCCAUAAACCCAUCACGAUGACGAUUCCCGUCCCCAAGGCCUCCAGUGAUGGGAUCAUGAAUGGUUAUGGAGGCGACACACCCACUUUAAGGUUACUAUGCAGCAUAACAGGAGGAACCACCCCUGCCCAAUGGGAAGACAUCACUGGAACAACACCGCUGACAUUUGUUAAUGAAUGUGUUUCCUUCACAACAAAUGUGUCUGCCAGAUUUUGGUUGAUAGACUGUCGACAGACACAAGAAUCUGUUACUUUUGCUUCCCAAGUGUACAGAGAGAUUAUCUGUGUCCCCUACAUGGCCAAAUUUGUGGUGUUUGCCAAAUCACAUGAUCCCAUUGAAGCACGGUUACGAUGUUUUUGCAUGACAGAUGACAAGGUGGAUAAAACUCUGGAACAACAAGAAAAUUUUGCUGAAGUUGCCAGAAGCAGGGAUGUAGAGGUAUUGGAAGGAAAACCCAUCUAUGUUGACUGCUUUGGCAAUUUGGUGCCACUAACAAAGAGUGGGCAACAUCAUAUAUUCAGUUUUUUUGCCUUCAAAGAGAAUAGACUUCCUCUGUUUGUUAAGGUGCGAGAUACCACUCAAGAACCCUGUGGACGAUUAUCAUUCAUGAAGGAGCCAAAAUCUACAAGAGGCCUCGUUCAUCAAGCCAUAUGUAAUUUAAACAUCACUUUACCCAUUUACACAAAGGAAUCAGAAUCAGAUCAAGAACAAGAAGAAGAGGUUGAUAUGACUUCAGAAAAAAAUCAACAGGAUGAUCAGGAAAGGACAGAGGAAAGACUGGCCCACAUUGCCGAUCAUCUUGGAUUCAGCUGGACAGAGCUAGCCAGAGAACUGGAUUUCACAGAAGAGCAAAUUCACCAGAUCCGAAUUGAAAAUCCUAAUUCACUUCAAGACCAGAGCCAUGCACUCCUCAAAUACUGGCUUGAAAGGGAUGGGAAACACGCAACAGAUACAAAUCUUACCCAAUGUCUUACAAAAAUCAACCGGAUGGAUAUUGUUCACCUAAUGGAGACCAGCGGCAUAGACUCCAUGCAGGUCCACGGCACUCGCACGUACGCAGAAAUUGAACAAACAAUAGGAUUGGACCAUAGUGAAGGGUUUUCUGCACUGCAAGAAGAACUGUACAGUUCAAGACAUAAGCAAGAAGAACGACAUAGAAUAUCUAAAGACAGUGAGCCAACUGAACACCCUCCUAUUGUCUCUGAGGAAGACGUGUCUGUCAGUUACUCUCCUUUUCAGGACAGUACUCCCAGGAGUGAGGCAGAAGGAUCAAUGGCUGAGCUCCUGAGACAAGCACAUAAGGAACAAGUAGAAGCUGAAUUCUCAGGGAAACCCCAAGAUGUGCCAGAAAAACCAUCUGCUUCACAACAUGAAUAUUUUGUCACAACUCCAGGAACAGAGCAGUCUACAGCACCAGUAACUGGAAAAGCAGCAAGCGAAAAAUCUGCACACUUCAGUGCGGCAAAGGAAGAGAGAGAAACACCACCCCCACAGCCCCCAUCAUCUGCUCAGAGAAGUGACUCUCCCAUCAUCCAAGAGCCCGAGGAUCCCCAACUCCACGAGGACGACCUCUCUCCAAGAAGAACUAGUCUAGUGAUAGUGGAGUCAACUGAUGAGCAGGCAGAAAAGUUUGGAAGAGGCUAUGAAGAGGAAUCUUUAGAAAAGGCUGAUAGUAUGCCUGAAAUGCCACCAGAAACAGUCACAGAAGAGCAAUAUACAGAUGAACAUGGCCACACAGUGGUAAAGAAGGUCACUAGAAAGAUCAUCCGGCGAUACGUUUCUCCAGACGGCACAGAAAAAGAGGAAGUCCUAAUGCAAGGCACACCACAAAAACCUGUCACUGUCGAAGAAGGAGAUGGCUAUUCCAAAGUUGUAAAACGGGUUGUGCUGAAGAGCGACAGUGAACAGUCAGAGGUGACCCUGUCUGAACCUGCUGUUUUGCCUAGUGCCUCCAAAUUCCAGUCUGAACCAGUGGAAGGCCGGAAGGUCAGCAAAGUCAUAAAGACCACUGUAGUGCAAGGGGAGAGAAUGGAGAAACACCUGGGGGAUGCUAGCUUAGCUACUGAUCUUCCGUCAGCCAAAGAGGAUUUUGAAGAGGCUUUGAGCUAUACAGGUAACCAAAUGAAAGUCCAGCUCCCCGCUUUAGUAGAGAAAGAAAUCAUGAAAGAGGACGGAUCAAUUAUUAAAAGGACAACACUGAGUAAAGCCAGCACACAGAAGAGGACUGUGAUGAAGGAUCGGUAUGGAAAACACGUUCACGUAGAAGAGCUGGAAGACACACCAGAAGCACUACCACAGGAUGACCUCCAACAUGACCUCCAGCAGCUUCUUAGACACUUCUGCAAAGAGGACUGGAAACAGGAGGCCAAGUGAGAAGCUGCCACCCCUCGACACCACCACAUAACCAUCCACCCCCUAUGCAGCAUUCAUCUUCUCUAGGUGUAGACAUUAUUACCUACAUAAUCACUGGAAGACACUGCCAUUUCUACUUGUGCAGAUGCAGUGAAUUCAUUUCUACCCCCCGCCCCCGUAUUUGAUUUUGGGUUUUUGUUAUAUUUUACCCUGUAAGCUAAUUUGUGACCAAAGAUAGCAUCCUUCAUUCAGGAUGAUUUAUCCACCGAAUUGUCGUCUUUGUGCUGUACUGGGAAUUUGUCAGCAUCGCCACUUCUUGCUGUUCCUUUGCUUCUGCACUAGCUUCAUGAAAUUGCAUUUGUCAAGCCAACUUCAUCUACAGGCCUCUUCAAGUGACUAUGUACAUGCAUCAUAAAGAAGGGAGUUAACACGUAAACUGUAUAUAGCAAGAGUAUUUGGACUUACAAGACUGCAGAAAACACACUGCCUAUGACUACAAUUAGCAUCAUGGAUUACAAGGUCUAUUGACACUGCUGAAGAGCGAUUAAUAAAAUAAUGUUAACACAAUCGACUGCAAACACAGACUGACUGAGGAGGAAGCACUGCAGAUCUACUGCAUCCAUAAGACUUCCAGUUUAGGGAUCUGUUAUAGUUAAAGGCUCUAAGAGUCAGGCUGAAAACCUGGAAAUUCAGCUGUUCUCAUGAAGUAACAGCUGACUGUGGCCAUUAAUGCUUCUAAGACCUUCGGACAGCCACUUAAAGAUUUCCAGAAAAAAAAGAAAAGAAAA